AUGGACAGCUCACCAGAAAUGUUGGACUUUGAUUCUUUAGAUGAAAACAGUCCAGAGAACAGCGGGAUAUUUCUAAAACAGUGGGAAGCGCAGGUUCGGCCCUACAUCGAGAUGAUUGACUUCAUGAGGAAAAUUGGCAUUGAGAAGGAACUUGCAUUGCCCUCCAUUGCGGUGGUGGGAGACCAGAGCUCGGGGAAAAGCUCUGUUCUGGAGGCUCUGUCAGGAGUGGCUCUACCUCGUGGAAGUGGUAUCGUCACUCGCUGUCCACUGGAGCUUAAACUCAGAAAACUGAAUUUUGGAACCGACUGGACGGCUGUAAUUUCCUACAAAGAAGUCAGAGAGACGUUUCAUGAUCCCAAACAAGUUGAAGGUUUUGUCAGAAGAGCACAGAAUAUGCUUGCUGGGGAUGGAGUGGGAAUCUGUGAUGAUCUCAUCAGUUUAGAGAUUACAUCACCUGACGUGUGUGACCUCACACUGAUCGAUCUACCCGGUAUAACAAGAGUACCUGUGCAAGGUCAACCUGAAGACAUUGGAGACCAGAUUAGACGCCUUAUUGCGAAAUUUAUUGAGAAGAAAGAAACCAUCAAUUUGGUUGUUGUUCCCUGCAAUGUUGACGUUGCAACCACAGAAGCUCUUAGAAUGGCGCAGGGUGUGGAUCCAAACGGCUCGAGGACUUUAGCAAUAUUGACAAAGCCAGACCUGAUCGAUAAAGGAGCAGAGGCUGACGUCUUACAAGUUCUCCAGGGUAAAGUUGUUCCUCUUAAGAAGGGUUACACCAUGGUCAGAUGUAGAGGCCAGAGUGACAUCAACGAAAAUGUUCCUUUGGCCGAAGCAACGAGACAGGAGAAAGAGUUCUUUGCGAUCCACCCACAGUUCAGUUAUCUUCUUGAAGAGCAGAGAGCCACAAUACCUUGCCUCGCCACCAGACUCACAAAAGAACUAGUUCAACAUAUCAAGGCUUCUCUUCCAUCUUUAAGUGAUCAAAUUCACAUAAAUUUGUCUGCCUUGAGGGUUGAGAUGAAGAGUUAUGAUGAAGGUCCUCCUUUAGAGCCAGAGCGCAUGGGACCAUAUCUUAGCAAGAAAAUGUUGGAGUUUAGUGACCAGAUAAGUGAGUUGUGCAGAACAGGAGAAUCAAGCAGUGGAAAUCUCUACUCACUGCUUCUUCCCAUUUUCAAGAAAUGGGAAUGCCUGCUGAGUGACUCCAAAGCAUUGUUCAGGGAGUCAGUAAGGGAGAUGACAGAAAAUUAUGACGAAGCCCAUCGCGGGAGAGAACUUGUGACCUUCAGCGACUACUGUGUGUAUGAAUCAAUGGUGAAAAAACAUGUUGGAGACCUUAAACAACCAGCUCAGGAUACACUGAAACUUGUUCGAGGUAUCGUACAGAAAGAAUUUAGGGUUAUGUGUGAGGUGUGUUUCCCAAACUUCCCUCAUCUGAGACACAUAAUACUAAACCAGAUUGACGACAUUCAGUCAAAGCAAGAAACGAAAGUGGAGAAGAGGAUCCACGAGUACAUUAACAUGGAGAAACUUGUGUACACACAGGAUCCCAUUUUUACUCAGAAAAUUGUGGAUUUCAAGUUUGUGGAAAGAAGACAAGAGUAUGAAUCCACUUGUUUGGAUACGGGUGAAAACGCAACCUCGCCCAAUAACUGUGCGGUUUUUGACACCAGAAAAUUGACACCUGAGAAACUUAUUAUCUAUUAUGAGAUUGUGUAUCAGCGUCUGGCCGACUACAUUCCCAUGGUGAUCCUGCUCUUUAUACUGAAAGAAGCAGCGGUGAUGCUGCGAGCUCAUGCCAUGGACCUGCGGGAUGGAGCUGAUGUUGUGAAGCUGUUGGUGGAGGACACAGAUGCUGGGAGACGAAGAGCAGACUUACAUCAGCGCAUGGAGCGACUGAGUCUGGCACAAGAAAGGGUCAGUGUAUACCUCUGAGACAAGAAAUCAUAAAGUCACGCUGGACUUUACUGCCUUACAAGUGAAAAGGCAAACGUUGAUAUUAGUGAAUAAAUUUAACCACAUUUAUACUAAUAAAAUCUGAUUAAAAAAAAAACCCUCAUCAAGAUAAUUGAUUAUAAUCUGAUUGCCUAUGUAAUCAUUGUAAUGGCAACACAUCAAAACAUGAACGAUAUUUAUUUGUAUACCUGCUGAAUGAACAGGAUUGGACAAAAUAAUAUGUAUUACUGUUGUUAUAGGGGUUAAUCUUGUUUGUGUAGCUAAUUGUGGAAAAAAAACAUGGUGGUUAUUUAGCUAUUUAUUGUCUAAGUUGCAUGGCAAAACAAGGUGUUAAGUUAUACCAGAACAAGUUUAGCAGUGGUUAGUAAAAGAAACCUGUAAAGUAAGUGACUUAACAUUAACCCAUAUAUAAUGUUUAUAUUUGACCCAAUAAUUGGUUGAAACAUUUUGGGCUGAUACAACCCAGGUUAAUUUAUAACCCACCAGCUGGGUUUAUCCCGUUUUGACCCAACACUGGGUUGAAAAUAAGUGUAGAGCUUAUUUUUACUAAACAUUUCA